AUGUUGAUAUCUACGAACGGAAACGGUUUGAGUGCAGCCGGAAACGAUUUUUCCAGCGUGGCCGCACUGUCGGGGUGUUGUCCUGUUCCUGUCACUCCUGCGGCGCGAUCGGCGAUUGUUAAUUGGAAGAUGGAUGCCGUCGGAUUGUCGGCCGUGCCUAAUACUGUCGCUAGUGUACUGCCUAACGCUAUCCAGUUGUCGCCUACAGUUUCUUCCUCGUCGGCAGCAAUUCCUAAUGUAGUAUCUGCCGUAUCUUCGGCAUCAAUGCCCUCGUCGCUCGGCCCUGCGGCACUCCGGGAGUUGUACGGUAGCCCAGCUACAUCUCCCGGGCACCCGCUAGCUUCGCUGGUAUCCCAACAGCGCUUUUUGGAACUGUCCAGGUUCGGACUCAGGCAUUACGAUCUUGCUCAACAUAUGCUCACGCAACAGGGUGCCGUCACCAAAUUAUUAGGGACGUUAAGGCCACCAGGACUGAUAGGAGGUAGCAAACCGAAAGUGGCGACACCUGCCGUUGUAUCGAAAAUAGAACAGUACAAAAGGGAGAAUCCUACGAUAUUUGCGUGGGAAAUAAGGGAACGACUGAUUUCAGAAGGUGUCUGCACCAACGCCACUGCACCCUCAGUGAGCAGUAUCAACAGAAUACUGCGCAACCGAGCAGCUGAACGAGCUGCAGCUGAAUUUGCUCGCGCAGCAGGCUACGGUCUGUACCACCCCCAUCCCUACGCCACAGCAGGCUUCCCGUGGCACUCUCCUCUAUGGCCCAACGGUCCCUUGGGGCUUUCAGGACCGCCCGGUGCUGGGAAUCCCACGGUAAUGUCCGCUUCGCCGGUUUCCUCGGGAUCACCGCACCCGGACAGCGGGUUGAUGUCUUCGCCGCCAGGAGGAAACAUGGACAAGGACGAUUCUAGUCUGGAUAGUUCAGAACAGCCGAAAUUUAGGCGGAACAGGACGACUUUUAGUCCUGAUCAACUGGAGGAGUUGGAAAAGGAGUUCGAGAAGAGCCAUUAUCCUUGCGUGUCGACCAGGGAGCGAUUGGCGUCUAAAACGUCAUUGUCUGAAGCUAGAGUGCAGGUUUGGUUUUCCAACAGACGGGCCAAAUGGAGACGGCAUCAACGCAUGAACCUGCUCAAACAGUCCGAUGGAGGUCCUGGCCAUCAAGGAGGACCCCAGAGUCAGUCUUCGAUGUUCGGCGCCCGUCUGACCCCCUCGCCGCACUACAAGGGCGGAUCCACCCCUGGCUCACCGCUUACUACGCAUCUCAGUACGCACCCGGGUGCUUCGUCUCUCCUGCUCGGGAUGGGAGGGGAAAAUAGCGCUUUUAAGGCGCUAGUGCCGAAUGCGCUGCUCGGCGCCCAGGAGAGAUUAAGGAGACUUAGCGACUACGUCAGCGACUCCGAGGAGGAGAUAAACGUGAACGACGAGUCGGACCUGGAGGAGACCACGGAGAGGUUAUCGUUGCGAUCUUCGAGUCCGGUGGAAGUAGUCGAUGUGACGGUAACGGCGACUGCCAACAAGGGCGGCCCUCCCACGCCCACCGCCGCCUGUCAACCGCUACAACUCACCAUGCACAAUCGAGACUAACGAAAACAAGUAAUUAAAUAUAUAUUUUUUUGAACAUUUAAUAAAAAUAUACGGAAAUGCAAUUAUUGUUUUUAAGGAACGUAUUCGCAUCCUCUCUUCAAAGGUGACGUAAGUCAAAAAAAUGCAAAUUGUGUAAAAAUGAGUUUAGUAUAAUUAAUGCUAUGUGUGUUUAUUAUUUUUCUCUUCGUUUAUACAGGUAAAUUAUGAUUUAAUUACUUUUUUUAUAAGCAAACAUCGGCCUUUUUUGAGUUGAGUCUCUUUUCAUCGUUAUGACUAUACAAUAGAUUUUGAUAUAUAACGUCAAUGUUGGUAAAAAAACAAACAUUUAUUUUUUUUAUUUAUCGUAAACAUAA